UAGGACAAACGGUCCCAGCCUCGUUUAAGUGGGUAGACGUGACUUGAGUUGACCUGUAUCGAGUUUGUUCUGUAAUCGAGCGCUUAACGAAUUAAUGAUGAAUGUUUGUUAAGAGUGUGAGUGAUAAUUCACAGGGCUGGUUGUGUUUGUUCAUGCAGCAGCAGGUCUGUGGGCUGGUAAGUAAGCGAGUGAAAGUACACGCGCACCUGCUUUGAAACUACAUGUUUAACACUACAGUAGUGUCUGGUAAUAGCCUGAUUUUGCACAACGUUAACAUUGGCUUUACUACACUUACUCUAUCUGCGCAAUGUUGUAGAUAUUCAUGCUAAAUAACCUGCAUUGAGGCAAUAGGCAUUUAUUCUCACUACUGGCACGAUUUCUCAAUGUAUUUAAUGCUUGUUUGUUUCAAUAGAAGCACGGGUGCGUAGUCCAGUCCAGUUCUGUAAAUGUUUAAAAUCGUGUAUUCCUGGGUGUGUGAAUGUUAAAGACGACAUUCAAAAGAGAAACGUGCAUCUUUAUUAUUACUUUGCAGAUAUUAUGAUGAAGUUGAUUUCACGUUGGGAUUAUUAAAAAAAAGUUUUAUAGUGUAUAUUUUCUUUUAUGCUGCUUGUAAAUAGUGUCACCCCAGUAUUAUAGUGCAUUACACAGUAACCACACAGUAACAACUUAUUAAAUUAUUAAAUUGGUGGCUUAUUGGGACAAUAAAGCCCUCCCUACACCCACCCCAAGCCUACCAGAUGCUUUAUUUUCACCUUUUUUUGUUGUUAUUUCCUUAAUUUUUAGUGAAAACAAAUGUUUUUCUGAUGCGGCUGAUUCAAACCCGGGCAGAUCGAGUCAAAAUCGGUAGCUAUUUAAUAAAAGCUACGAUUUACAGUUAAUAUCAUAUUAACAUUAACGUAAUAACUUUGAGAGAACCUUGCCAGAAUGUUCUGGGAAGGUUCUCUGCCAGCUGAGUAAGCAGGACGGUCUGUAGUUUAUUGACUUUAUUGGCACAGAUCCUCAUAUUACGAUCGUCUUGAAUGCAUGAUAAAGUCUGGUCAUAGCACCAGCCUUUCGUUUCCCGUUUCAGUGAUUUUCCUUAAUAAAUAAAAACGCAUAGUGACACGCAUAAUGCAGAGUGCACUCUCGGAUCCGGAAUAGAACAUUGGUUUAAUGAUGCAACAUCUGAAGAGGAGGUUUUAUUAGAUGUUUUAAACUGGUCUGAUCUGAGGGAUGAAGCGCGUGAAGGUGGCGGUGGUCGGAGCAGGUGUGGUGGGUUUAUCCGCCGCUGUGUGUGUCGCCGAGAAGCUUCCACAUUGCUGUGUGACCGUUAUCGCUGAGAAGUUCUCACCGGACACCACCGGCGAUGGAGCCGCCGGAAUCCUCCUGGCCAAAGAGUUUCCUGACAUCCCUCUCGAGCGGCAGCGGCGCUGGUUCAAGGAGUCGUUUGAUCAUCUUCUGGCCGUUGCAGAUUCUCCUCGAGCCUCAGACGCCGGCGUGUAUUUGAGCUCCGGGUACCACGUCUUUAAGGAGAUACCGAGCGACAAAAAGCCCUUCUGGUCAGAUUUUGUGUUCGGAUUCAGAUACAUGACGGAUCUUGAAAUGAAGCGUUUCCCGAAUCAUAAGUUCGGUCAGGCGUUCACCACAUUAAAGUGUGAAUGUCUGAGCUACCUGCCAUGGCUAGAAAAAAGAUUAAGAGCGGCUGGAGGUCAGAUCAUACAUGAAAAGGUGACUGAUCUUCAUAAACUGGCCCUGGAUUACGACGCCAUCAUCAACUGCUCAGGCCUCGGCUCUCGUUUUUUGGUAAAAGAUGAAGAGGUCUAUCCGGUACGAGGACAAAUGCUGAAGGUCAGCGCUCCGUGGCUGAAGAACUUCACCCGAGACGGAGAUGGCAAUACCUACAUCUACCCAGGCGUCAGGUACGUCAGCAUCGGAGGCACGCGGCAGGCGGGUGACUGGAGGCUGGAGGCGGAUGAGGAGGACAGCGCGGGCAUCCUGGAGCGCUGCUGUCGGCUGGAACCGUCUCUGCGAGCGGCUCAGGUGAUGGGCGAGUGGGUGGGUCUGCGGCCCGGCCGGGCGAACCCGCGGGUGGAGCGGGAAUAUCUCACGCGGGGCCGCCGGGUGCCUCUGGUGCACAACUACGGUCACGGCAGCUGUGGCGUUACUCUGAGCUGGGGAACGGCGCUGGACGCACUCGAUCUGCUGAGACAGGCUCUGUUUGAAAAUCCUCCUCAAGCCAGGCUGUGACUCCGCUCUAGUCUUAUAGCGAGGCCGCUUUAAACUGAUAUUUUGGCAUGCACUACUGAGGAGAAAUGGCACUUUGAUAUUACUAACUUACUGUUUUUAAAUGAGGUAGAAUUUAUUGUUUAGAGAACAUUUUGAGAUCAAAUUUCAGUUGUUUGUUGUUGCAAGGCAUUCGCUUUCAUAUGCCAGUCUUUUGAAUUUGUUAAAAAUUAAUAUAAAAAAAUAAUAUUAUGCUGGAAGUUUGAAAAUAGUAUUAAAUUUAUGCAGUUCUGUUGCCCUCAACUAAUGAAUGACUGUAUAAUUGUAUAUAAUAUAGUAUAAUUGUCGGUGUAACAUUAAAUAUUUUGACAAGA